AUGUCAACGUGUCAAAACCGCGUCGUGUGGUUCACAGCUCGGCUGCCCUCCUCCGCUCUUCGUUCCAGGAUCUGUCCCGGUCAAUGGCAUCGAGACGCUGCAAUAUGGGGUGCCCGGCGGAGCAAUUAUAGCACAUCCGUCUCGCCGGCAGCAAGUCCAGCCGGGGCUGGGGACCGCGAUGGCAAUUCCGGAGCAAGGACUGCCUUUUCGCAUGCCUUGUACCGCGAGCGAACCGAUCGAGGUAACUCGAGGAGUACUGUCCGGAGCAGCUACUCGAGGUAUUCGGACACUGAUGAGCUGAGGGAUAACCCGGGGAAAUCGCCCUCCGACUUGACCACGCCAACUGCAGUUCCUGCCGCUACUAAUAGCACCGAAACAUCACCACCCUCAUACCCGAGGAUUAGGAGGGUAAUAUCAGGGCGUCGCUUCCCAAGCCCAAGACGAAGGGUUAGGGUUAUAUACCAAUAUCGUGACCGUGGGAAGAGGCGUUUCGUUCCCCGACGUAUCUCGGCAGCAAUUCACCGCGCGCAGAAUUCUCUGAAAUGGCAAGGGAGAGUCAUAAGCCCCGAAUCAUUCCGUCGUGAUAUUGAGAUUAGGCUCGCCUCUCUGUUUCCUUACGUAUCGGUCCCUGAAAAUUGGAGGAUUGCGUACCGCAGCUUAUAUUCAGCAAAAGUCCAUAAAACGGAAUGGCGUGUACCGGAAUCAAUGGAAUUAGACCGUUUGGGAAAUCAGCUCGUUGAUAUGCUCGAAAAUGAGGGCAGGGAGAGUUUUCAACGUGCCUGGGAAUCACUGCCUACGCGCACAAAGAAGUUUCAGUGGCCCCGUUUGGCUUUGUGGUGGCUACACAAUUCGCCCAAUUUUGCCUUGGAAUUUUUGCUUGCCACAAACAACCGACCCUACCCACCCUUCGCCAUGGUGGUAGAUUGUAUGAUUUACAUUAAUGUAUUCUGCAAUACCGACGAGAACGUGUACCGGUCUGUUAUCUCCACCUGCAUGGAUCCUGAGAGAUGGCCCACAGUGGGCAUAUCACAACGGGGAGUGCGCCUCUAUCUCAAUUUAUCGAGUUUGGACAAGGUUUCUCGAGCGUUUGCGUUGAUGCGGAAAAGGGACAUCCAGAUAUCCGCUCCAACCGCUCUUUGUUUCAUGAAAUGUUUCACGAAGGGCCGGGACAUCAACAGGGCAAUAGAUGCCCUGCGUCUGAUUCCAUUACUCAAUGAGCCAGGAUUCCCGUUAGACUCGGAGGAAGUGAUGCGGCACUGUUGCAAACUCCUCACGCUGGAUACCGUGCAAGAGAAGGAUGGUGUACGCAACUUCCAGAUUCUCCCGAAGCUCCUUGAAUUGGGUGUGCGACCGAAUCGGGACAUGAUGAAUGUCGUUUUGUCAAACGCCUUCAAAUCCGGGGAUCCGCAAUUGGGCCACGACAUGUUGAAAUACAUGAAGCAAAACAACAUGAAACUCGAUUCCUACACUUAUUUAACAUUGCUCUCGGAUGCAGUAGCUCGUGGCGAUCGUGCGCACAUCGAGGAGGUGAUGCGGGAGAUCGAAUCCAGUGAGGAAUUGAAAAAGAACCCGUACAUCAUAAGCAAGAUAUUCCAUGCGCAUUUCACCUUUACAGUCAAGCAAGUCGAUUCAUUUGCAGACCCUGCUGGAGUCUUCUUGUCGAUGCUGGACCUUUAUAGCCGAUUUUAUGAUCUCAGCCCUCUCAAGGACCUCCAACUCAUCCCGCCCACCUUUGCCCCCAUUGAGCGGGGAGUGGAUGCAGAACCGUCCCCUGUCGCUCUAUAUAUUAUGCUGGCAACGUACCUGAGAUCCAAAAAGAACACUGACCGGGCAUACCGCCUCUACCGGCGAUUCCGCCAACUCGUCAUGGAGGGGCACAAGACGAUUGCGCCUCUAGCCGAAUUCGUGCAGUUCCCCAAUGAAUUCAUUGUCGCCUUCCGCGAGGAUCCGCAUGCACUGCGGUAUUGCGUGGAAGUUGUGGAAGAAAUGAUUCGUCCUGACCCUGGUGUGGUCACCGUCGAAGGGCGCAAGGUAACUCCAGCGAAGCCCAGUGUGUGGACGUGGAACAUCCUUUUGAGUGCAUUCACCUUUCAUCGGCAGCAGCAAGCCGUGGAGAAGGUGAAGGAAAUGAUGAGGAAGCACGGAGUCGAAUAUGACCAGACGACAUGGAAUACGAUCAUCAACGGCUACGCAAAUGCUCAAGAUGUGCUCGCGACGGUAGCGGCGAUAAAGGACAUGGAGUCACAUGGUUAUAAGAUCGAUUCCUACACUAUAAGACCGUUACGCUUCCUCAAAGAUCCUGAACGCCUCCAAGCGGCUAUAGAUGAGUUGGACCGGAGGACAGCCGAGCAGGAUCGAUGGGAGCAAGAAGUUGAAGAGAAAGAGCGGGAGGAGCUUCUCGAGCAAGGCCUACGACGCCUGGCGGCGGCCAGAAGACAAGGGAAAUCGUAA